AUGGUCGACUACAUGCUUGGCCACCACGUGCAUGCACCGCCUCCACCAUCAGCACCGCCGCAGCCGCCGACGCAGAGCCAGGCGGUGUCGUUGGACAAGCUCAGCUUCUCCGACGUGCUGCAGUUCGCCGACUUCGGCCCCAAGCUCGCGCUCAACCAGCCUGUCGCAGCGUCCGCCAGCCGGGAACCGGGCCCAGGCGGCGUCGUCGACGGAGGUGGCGGCGAGGACGCGGACGACGUCGACGACGACGAUGGCUACUUCUUCAGGUUCCAGUCGCUGCCGGCGUCCCUCCCCCAGCGCCAAGCGGACCAUCAUGAGGCGGCGGGCAGCAAGACGACGGCCGAUCAGGACGGUGGUGGAGGAGGCGGCGGCGUCUCCGAGAGCACCACGCUGGUGCAGCAGGGUGAUGGCGGUGGCCGCGCGGACAAGUCCGGGGACCAGGGGAAGAUGAGCGGCCGCCGGAAGCGCCCGCGGACGGUGAAGACCAGCGAGGAGGUGGAGAGCCAGCGGAUGACGCACAUCGCCGUCGAGCGCAACCGCCGGCGCCAGAUGAACGAGUACCUCAGGAUCCUCAGGUCGCUCAUGCCAGGAUCCUACGUCCAGAGGGGAGACCAAGCAUCGAUCAUAGGAGGCGCCAUCGAGUUCAUCAGAGAGCUAGAGCAGCUGAUCCAGUGCCUGGAGUCGCAGAAGCGGCGGCGCCUGUACGGCGGGUCCGGCGACGCGCCACGGCCACCGCCGGUGGUGGACGCAGCAGGGCCCGGCGGCGCGCCAAUAACGUCCACUACUCAGCCACAGGCGCAGCCGCCGCCGCCGCCGUUCUUCCCUCCCAGCCACCCUUUCCCAGUGGCGUCUGGCGGCGGCGACGCCAAGAUAAUACUGGACCUGGAAGCGGCAGGAGGCGCCGUCGUCGACGCCGGCGGGCUCCGGGAGGAGGUGGCCGAGAACAAGUCGUGCCUGGCGGACAUCGAGGUGCGCGCGCUGGGCGCCGACGCCAUGAUCAAGAUCCUGUCCCGCCGCCGGCCAGGCCAGCUGAUCAAGACCAUCGCCGCGCUGGAGGACAUGCAGAUGUCCAUCCUGCACACCAACAUCACCACCAUCGAGCAGACCGUCCUCUACUCCUUCAACGUAAAGAUCGUCGGCGAGGCAAGAUACUCGGCAGAGGACAUCGCCGGCGCCGUGCACCAGAUCCUCAGCUUCAUCGACGUCAACUACACCCUGUGA